CUGGUCUAGGGCUGGAGCAGAAGCAGAAACUGUCGGGGCCAGCCCAGCCAGCAAUGCAAACAUCCUGAAAACCAAGCUGAGGUCUUGGGGGCCGGAGUCACGCGCAGUAUCAGCUUCCUUGGGUGCACCGAGCAAGUUUUCCAGUAUGAAUCCCACAGAAACUAAGGCCAUAAAAACAGAACCUGAGAAGUCACAAUCGACUAAGCCAUCUGUGGUUCAUGAGAAGAAAUCCCAAGAAGGAAAGCCAAAAGAACACACAAAGCCAAAAAGCCUGCCCAAGCAUGCCUCAGACAUAGGAGGUAAACAUGCUUAUAGUGAAAAAGCAGUUUCCAGAUCAAGUGAACAGGUGCCAUCAGAGAAACCAAUGGAACGAAAGACCAAACCACAAGACACAAUUUCUGCUGGUGGAGAGAGUGUUGCUGCUGGUAUAGCUGCUGCAUUGGGACCAGUUGACAAGAAAAAAGAAGAGAAACCAUUAACUCCAGCUGUACCAGUUGAAUCCAAACUGGAUAAACCAUCUGGAAAGUCAGGCCUGGACGCUGCUUUGGACGAUUUAAUAGACACGUUGGGACAACCUGAAGAAACUAAGGAAGACAGUACAACUUAUACUGGACCAGAAGUUUCAGAUUCAAUGAGUUCCACCUACAUAGAGGAAUUAGGUAAAAUAGAAGUCACAAUCCCUCCAAAAUAUAGGGAACUUUUGGCUAAAAAAGAAGGGAUUAUAGGCCCUCCCCCAGACUCUGCAAAACCCCUGGGGCCGGAGGACGUCAUAGAUGCCUUGUCAUCUGACUUCACCUGUGGUUCUCCUACUGCAGAUGGAAAGAAAACUGAAAAAGAGAAAUCUACAGGAGAGGUUUUAAAAGCUCAGUCAUCAGGGACAGUGAGAACUGCUGCUCCACCCCAGGAGAAGAAAAGAAAGGUGGAGAAGGAUACAAUGAGCGACCAAGCCCUUGAGGCUCUGUCAGCUUUGCUGGGAACCCAGAAACCAGAACCCGAACUUGACCUUAGUUCUGUUAAGGAAGUCAAUGAGGUAAAAGCUAAAGAAGAAAGACUAGAGAAGUGUGGUGAGGACGAGGAGACGGUCCUGUCUGAGUACAGACUGCAGCCAGCCAUGGAUAAAGAUGGGAAACCACUACUGCCACAGCCUGAAGAAAAACCCAAGCUCCUGAGUGAAUCACAACUCAUUGAUGAACUUUCAGAAGAUUUUGACUGGUCUAAAUGUAAAGAAAAACAAUCUAAGCCAACUGAGAAAACAGAAGAAUCUAAGGUCACUGCCCCAACUUCUGUGGUGGAGACUGUGCCUCGGAUUUCCAUGUGUAGUAUACAGUCAGCACCACCCAAGCCACCUGCCUCAGGUCCAGUGCCUGAGGAUGCUGUAGAGGCCUUGGCUGGUAGCCUGGGGGAAAGGGAAGCAGAUCCAGAAGAUGGAAAACCUGUGACAGAUAAAGUCAAGGAUAAAGCCAAAGAAGACCAUGAAAAACUUGGUGAAAAAGAAGAAACAAUACCCCCGGAUUAUAGAUUAGAAGAGGUCAAGGAUGAAGAUGGAAAACCACUCCUGCCCACAGAGCUCAAGGAGCAGCUUCCACCGCUGAGGGAAGACUUCCUGCUGGAUGCUUUGUCUGAGGACUUCUCCAGUCCCCUGAAUGCUUCAUCUCUUAAAUUUGAAGAUGCUAAACUUUCUGCUGUCAUCUCUGAAGUGGUUUCCCAAACCCCAGGUUCAACCACUCACUCUGCAGCCCCACUCUCUGAUAUGUCACAGAGUGACAAAGAUCUUGAUGAUGCCUUGAAUAAACUCUCUGACAGUCUAGGACAGAGGCAGCCUGACCCAGAUGAGAACAAACCAAUGGAGGAUAAAGUGAAGGAAAAAGCUAAAGCUGAGCACAGAGACAAGCUUGGAGAGCAAGAUGAUACCCUCCCUCCUGACUACAGACACCUCCUGGACAGUGAUGGGAAGGACAAACCUGCGAAGCCACCUACAAAUAGAUCACAGGAGUCAAAGAAACCUGCAGGUGACCGAGACCCCACUGAUGCCCUCUCAGGAGAUUUUGACAGCUGUCCCUCAACUACAGAAACCUCACAGAAUACAGCAAAGAAUAAGAGCAAGAAGGCUGCUUCCAGUUCCAAAGCAUCCAAGAAGGAAGGCAAAGCAAAGGACCCAGCAAAGACAACAGAGGGGACUUCUAAGUCAAAAACGAAAGAGAUACUAGUUAAAGUUUAUGCUAUUUGGUAUCUGCAUAUAAAAUCUUCAGCUGGUGAAUGGUGACUUUCGAAGAACAAAAAGCUUUGGCAACAGAAAAUAAUUUUUUCUGGGUGGCUGCUAGAUUUGAGUCUUCUGACAUCCUAAACAUGGUUUGUUAUUCUUUUCCAGAAAGAAAAUUAAUUGCUCUGGUUCACCUGUGUAAUUGUGCUGAGUAUUGAUAAACUUUAAUUUUUUUUAAUUGCCUUUGGUUGGGAGAGAAAGGAAGCUUUAUAUUUGUAAUAAAUGUAUUUGAUAAAGUUUCUUAAAGCAACACCAAAAAAAAAAAAGAGAGAAAGAGAGAAAACCUUUGCAAACUUUUGCACCUUGUACACACAGUGCCUGUAAAUCUCAAUAGCAUUUUCAGUUUGCACCUUGUUUUUUUUGUUAGCAUUAACAAAAUGCUUUAAACAUUCUUCGAUGUUCUGAUUUCUUAUUACCUACCCCUUUCCUCUUGGGUUUUUGAACUGUACUUGAUUUGGUGGUGGGGGCAAAUGUUUAUACAAAGUCCCUCUUGGGCUCUGAGCAGUAAAGUAAGUCAAAUCCCUGGAGAAACCAGGAAACACUGAACUCUUCCCAGUUUGAACCCUUCUUUGCCACGUGUGGGGGCUUCUGCACCUUCAGGUCAACCAAAACACAGCAACCUUCAGUUAAGUCAGCAAACUACAGGCCAGACAAGUCAGUGGUCUGCACGUUUUGAGAACAGGAAAUAAAAUCUAAUUCUUAG